UCUGUGUUCCGGUUGCGAAUCUACAGCUUUAGGGGUGUUUCUGUCUUUAAUUGUCACCGCUGGGAACUUUAAUAAUUACCGAUUAAAAAAAACUCUCAUCAUGAGCAAACGGAAGUCCAGAGAAAAGCACUUGACUAUAGGAGAAUGUGUGACUCAGGUCCAGAGAGUCCUGAGGGAGCGCUUCUGUCACCAGCGUCUUCCAGAUAAACCAGUGGGCCUGGAAUCACAGUACAAGCAUUUGUUGGAGCUGUUGAGGAGGACAGCGGUUCACGGUGAGAGUAACUCGGUUCUCAUCAUCGGCCCGCGUGGAUCUGGCAAAACUAUGCUGCUCCGUUGUGCUCUCAGAGAGCUGCUCCAGUUGCAGGAGGUGAAGACGAACGUCCUGCAGGUUCACCUGAGCGGUCUGCUCCAGACAGACGACCGGAUUGCUCUGAGAGAGAUUACACGGCAGCUUCAGCUGGAGAACGUCGUAGGAGACAAAGUCUUUGGGAGCUUCGCUGAGAAUCUGGUCUUUCUACUAGACGCUCUGAAGAAGGGUGAUAAAAGCAGCAGCCGGCCGGUGUUCUUCAUUCUGGACGAGUUCGAUCUGUUCGCCCAUCAUAAGAACCAGACCCUCCUGUACAACCUGCUGGAUGUCUCUCAGUCCGCUCAGGCUCCUGUAGCUGUCGUGGGCCUCACCUGCAGACUGGACGUCCUUGAGCUCCUAGAGAAGCGCGUGAAGUCUCGGUUUUCACACAGACAGAUUCACCUGCUGAGUUCUCUGACUAUCAGUCAGUACCGAGAUGCUUUUCGGGCGGAGCUCACGCUGCAGGACGACUUCCCGGACAGCGAGUUCUCUCAGGAAUGGAAUCUCGGCAUCUCGAAACUGUGUGAGGACAAGUCAGUGGAUGAGAUUUUACAGAAGCAUUAUAACUCCUGUAAAGAUUUCCGCUCUCUACACUCGCUGCUGUUAUUGGCAGUGAGCCGUGUUUCUGUCUCCAGUCCGACUCUGAGAGCUGUAGACCUACUUGAGGCCAGUCGAAUGAGCUCGGCUGACUCGAAAGGCAACAUCCUGCACGGUCUGUCCAUCCUGGAGUUGUGCCUGAUCAUUGCCAUGAAGCACCUGAACGAUAUCUACGAAGGAGAGCCCUUUAACUUCCAAAUGGUUCACAACGAGUUUAAGAAAUUUCUUCAGAGGAAGUCUCACUCCAUCCAUAACUUUGAGAAGCCGGUGGUGUUCAAGGCGUUCGAGCACCUGCUGCAGCUGGAGCUGAUCCGGCCGGUGGACGGCGGUGUGUGUAAAGCGCAGAAGGAGUACCAGCUCAUGCGUCUCGUGCUGGAUCACACGCAAGUCAUGGAGGCUCUGCAGAGAUACCCACAAUGCCCCACCGACGUCAAACAGUGGGCCGUGUCCGCCUUCGCGUGACCCCCACACGUGUUAACAUCAUGCACUCAAUGUAAACCUUGUCAGUUUUUUUUCGUUUGUUUUUUUGUACACCUGUAUAUCUGUCUCAUUCAACAUAAAGACUUGAACUCACACAG